AUGGGGGCCACAGGCGAAGGAAUCACGUUCGUUGUGGGGGACCCUGAUCGUGUGACCCUGGCGGACCCAGGAGCCCUGUACCCUGCCCACGGGGGCCAAGUGUGCAGCACUUGGGGGGGCUUCCACUACAAGACGUUCGACGGCGCCAUCUUCCACUUCCCCGGCCUCUGCAACUAUGUCUUGGCCGCCCACUGCCACGCACCGUACGAGGACUUCAACGUCCAGAUCCGCCGGGCCCUGGUCCCGGGCGGCCGCCCCGUGGUCUCCCGCGUCCUGCUCCGCAUCGAUGGCGUCGUCCUGGAGAUGGUCAACGGCUCGGUCCUCAUCGACGGCCAAAGGGAAGAGCUGCCCUUCGCGCGCUCUGGGAUCGCCGUGGAGAAGAACAGUGUCUACACUAAAGUCAGAGCCAAGAUCGGCCUGACCUUCAUGUGGAACGGCGAGGACGGCGUCCUGCUGGAACUGGACCCCAGAUACCUCAACCAGACCUGCGGACUCUGCGGGGAUUUCAACGGACUCCCGGAAUACAACGAAUUCUUCUCCAACAACGUCAGGCUGACGGCGCUUCAGUUUGGGAACCUGCAGAAGAUGGAUGGACCAACAGAAGAAUGCGAAGACCCAGAAAUGCCAAAGGAGGAGAAAUGUCAGGACAAGGCUGAUGUCUGCGUCAGGGUGCUGACCGGCCCAGCCUUCGAGGACUGCCACGGGCUGGUCAACGUGAGCCAGUACAUCGAGGCCUGCAUCCAAGACCUGUGCUUCUGCUCGGUGCCCGCCGGACCCUCCUGCCCAUGUGACACCAUCGCUGAGUACUCUCGGCAGUGUGCCCAUGCCGGAGGGCAACCCCAGGCCUGGAGGAACCCCCAGCUGUGCCAGUGGACGUGUCCGUCCACGAUGCGCUACGAAGAGUGCGGGUCUCCUUGCCCCGACACCUGCUCCAACCCCGAGCGUAGCCAGCUCUGCGAAGACCACUGCAUGGAUGGAUGCUUCUGCCCCCCGGGGACCGUUUUGGACGACGUGCUCGAGGAGGGCUGCAUCCCCCUGUCGCAGUGCUCCUGCACCUUCAACGGCCAAUCUUACCAGCCAGGAGCCUCCUUCUCCACCCGCUGCAGCACCUGCACCUGCACGGGAGGGAGAUGGAGCUGCCAGACCCUCCCCUGCCCCGGCACCUGCUCCGUGGAAGGCGGCUCGCACGUGUCCACCUUCGACGAGAAGCGCUACACCAUCCACGGCGACUGUACCUAUGUCCUGGGCAAGAACUGCGCCGACAGCAGCUUCACGGUCUUGGGAGAGCUUCGCAAAUGCGGACUGACGGACAGCGAGACCUGCUUGAAGACGGUCACCCUCAACCUCCACGGAGGCCAGACAGUGAUUAAGGUCCAGUCAGACGGCGGUGUGUAUGUGAACACCAUCUACACCCAGCUGCCCUUCUCAGCAGCCAACAUGACCAUCUUCCGGCCAUCGACGUUCUUCGUGAUAGUGCAGACCGGCUUCAGCCUCCAGCUGCAGAUUCAGGUCGUGCCCGUCAUGCAGGUCUUCAUGACGGUGGACUCUUCCCACCAGGGGCAGAUGUGCGGUCUCUGCGGAAACUUCAACCAGAACCAAGCGGACGACUUCAGGGCGGUGAGCGGCGUGGUGGAGGCCACGGCGGCCGCCUUUGCCAACACCUGGAAGACCCGGGCCGACUGCCCCAACGUCCACAACCUCUUCGAGAACCCGUGUGCCCUCAGCGUGGACAACGAGAAUUACGCCCAGCACUGGUGCUCCCUGCUGACCAACUCCAGCGGGAUCUUCGCCCCCUGCCACCAGGCCGUGAACCCUGCCCCCUACUACACGAACUGCAUGUUUGACACCUGCAACUGCGAGAAGAGCGAGGAUUGUCUUUGCGCGGCCUGGUCCUCCUACGUGAGGGCCUGUGCCGGACACGGCAUCCUGCUGCGGGGCUGGAGGGGCCACGGCGUCUGCGCCAAAUAUACGACCUCGUGCCCCAAGUCCCUGACCUACAGCUACGCGAUAGAGUCCUGCCCGCCCACGUGCCGGGCGCUGAGCCAGCCGGACGUCACGUGCGCGGUCCCCUUCGUCCCCGUGGACGGCUGCACCUGUGCCAACGGCACCUACCUGGACGCCGGGGGCCAGUGCGUGCCCGCCGCCAGCUGCCCCUGUUACCACCACGGGGCGCCCGUGCCCGCCGGCCAGUCCUUCCGCCAGAACGGUGCCAUCUGCUCCUGCUCAGGGGGGAAGCUGAACUGCUUUGGGGAGAUUAACCGAUUCCCAGUGUGCUCCCCUCCCAUGGUCUAUCUGGACUGUGGAAACGUGUCGGCGGGGACACCGGGGGUGGAGUGUCUGAAGAGCUGUCAGACUCUCGACAUGGCUUGCUACAGCACACGUUGCGUGUCUGGCUGCAUGUGCCCCGGCGGGCUGGUGUCGGACGGGAAGGGAGGCUGCAUCACCCCGGAGGCCUGUCCGUGCGUCCACAACGAGGCCAGCUACAGCCCGGGAGAGACCGUCAGGGUGGAUUGCAACACAUGCACGUGCAAGGACCGGGUUUGGGAAUGUACCCAGGAGGCCUGCAUGGGCACGUGCUCCGUCUACGGGGACGGACACUACGUCACCUUCGAUGGGGAGAGCUUCGCCUUCGAGGGGAGCUGCGAAUACACGCUAGCCCAGGACCACUGCGGGGGGAACGGCAGCGCCCCGGGCUCCUUCCGGGUCAUCACUGAGAACGUGCCCUGCGGCACCACCGGCGUCACCUGCUCCAAGGCCAUCAAGAUCUUCCUUGGGAGCUACGAACUGAUCCUCAGCGAGGGGGACAUCGCGGUGGUGGAACGGGGAGCCGGUGGGAGCAUCCCAUACAGCGUCCGGACCAUGGGCAUCUUCCUGACCAUCGAGGCCCAGAACGGUCUGGCCCUGCUAUGGGACAGGAAGACCAGCAUCUUCAUCAGGCUGAGCCAGGAACUCAAGGGCCGGGUGUGCGGGCUGUGCGGCAACUUCGACGACCACGGGGGCAACGAUCUGACGACGCGCAGCGGGUCCGUGGUGGGCGACGUGCGGGAGUUCGGCAACAGCUGGAAGUCGUCUCCCUCCUGCCCCGACGCCGUGACUCCCAGAGACCCCUGCACCGCCAACCCCUACCGCAGGGCCUGGGCCCACCGGCGCUGCGCCAUCCUCCACAGUGACGUCUUCGCCCUCUGCCACCGCCAGGUGGAGCCGUCGAGGUUCUACGAGGCCUGCGUGAACGACGCUUGCGCCUGCGACAGCGGCGGGGACUGUGAGUGUUUCUGCACCGCCGUGGCCGCCUACGCCCGGGCCUGCAACCAGGUCGGGGUCUGCGUCUCCUGGAGGACCCCCGACAUCUGCCCCCUGUUCUGCGAUUACUACAACCCCAAGGGCGAGUGUGAGUGGCACUACCAGCCGUGCGGGGAUGCCUGCAUGAAGACCUGCCGUAAUCCCACCGGGAAGUGUCUCAACGCUCUUCCCGGGUUGGAAGGCUGCUACCCAAAAUGCCCGGCGGAGAGGCCCUUCUUCAGUGAACACGACAUGAAAUGCGUCUCCCAGUGCGGCUGCUACGACUCAGAAGGAAACUACCACCAGCUUGGGGUGGAGGUCCGCGCCCCCCAGAACUGCCAGCGCUGCCAGUGCACCCCCGAAGGCAUCGAAUGCCUUCCGGACCAGAUGGCCUGCACCUGCGAGUACGAGGGGAAGAUGUACCAGGUCGGAGAGCUGAUCUACCACACGUCGGACGGCACCGGGGGCUGCCUGACUGCCGUGUGUUCCCCCGGAGGCCGCAUCGACCGCACCUCCGAGGCCUGCACCCACGCCCCGUCCACCACCCCGUUCUCCUUCUCCACCCCGACCACGACACGGCCCACCACAGGGCCCACGCCUCCACCCACGGCGCCCACGGUGUGCGUCCGCGAGAGCUGCCAGUGGUCAGCCUGGAUGAACGGGAGCCACCCGGGGGCCGUGUCCGACGACGGCGGUGAGUUUGAGAGGCUCGAGGAGCUUCGGGAGAAGGGCCUUCCGGUCUGCCGGACGCCCCGGGCCGUGGAUUGCCGGCUGGCGGAAUUCCCCGACACCGACCUGAGGUCGAAGGGUCAGCGGGUGCAGUGCACCCCCUCUGAGGGGCUGCAGUGUUGGCACCGGGACCAGGACCCGCCGGGCUGCCUCGAUUAUGAGAUCCGAGUCCUCUGCUGCAGCUACGUCUCCUGCGAAGCCUCGGUCAGCCCCGGGGUCAGGCCCACCCCGUCCACCACCAGCUCCCCUAUCGCCUCCCUGACCACCAAGGAGAUGGCCACCAGGAGAGAGACCACUCUGCAGUCCACCCCCGCCUCCGGGUCGCCCGGGACCAUGAACUCGGCCGGCACCACACACACGCUCUCCCCGCUGACUCUCCCCGUGGCAGAGACCACCACGCUCCAGACCGGACCAGGGGUCACCUCCACCGUCCUCUCCUCGACGCCCCCGCCAGGGUCGACGUCGAGGGGUCAGCCCACGUCAUCUCGCGGGACGUCCGCGGGGGCCCCGACGACGACUACGGCCGGAUCCACCCCGUGCCACCCGAGAUGCCAGUGGACGGAGUGGUUCGAUGUGGACUUCCCGUCGUCGGGGACCAUGGGCGGGGACUUCGAGACCUUCGACCGCAUCCGGGCCGCCGGGGGGAAGCUCUGUCUGACUCCCAUCCAGGUGGAGUGCCGGGCCGAAAACUACCCCGGGGUGAGCAUCGACCAGAUCGGGCAGCGCGUACAGUGCUCCUUGGACCGAGGGCUGAUCUGCUGGAACGAAGACCAGUCGGGAAAGUUCAACCUGUGCUACAACUAUAACGUCAGAGCCCUGUGCUGCGACGACUACAGCCACUGCGCGACCCGCCCUCCGGGGACGACUACGGCUGAGACCCCGGCGGUGACGACCGCCCGGACCACGUCCGGCGGGCCGACGGUAACCGUCCGCUCCACCGCACCGUCCACGGGGAAGGCGUCGCCCACUGCCACGAGCUCUCCGGCUACAGGCAAGCAGCGUAUCACCUCUGCUGCGGGGCCCAGCAGCCCGGGGAAGACCAGAACCACCCCCGGGACUUCUGGGACCGGUUCCACAUACGGAACGACCUCCACGGCUCCGGUCAAGACCACCACCACCGCUGCCGUCACCGAGACCCUGACGACAACGGCCUGUCAGCCCGCCUGUCGCUGGACGGAAUGGUUGGACACGGACUAUCCCCAGUCCGGGCCAGACGGCGCCGACAUCGAGACCCUCGCUAACAUGCGGGCCUCCGGCCGGCAGAUCUGCAAAGACCCCGUGGCUAUCGAGUGCCGGGCGGAGAAUUACCCCGGCUUGUCCAUCCAGGAGGUGGGGCAGAACGUGCUGUGCGACGUGAACGUGGGUCUGAUCUGCAGGAACCGCCAGCAGCCGGGCCCCUUCAAACUCUGCUUCAACUACCACGUGCGAUUGCAGUGCUGCGACGACUACAGCCACUGCCCGACCUGGACGCCGUCCGUCCCGGCCUCCACGAUCACCGGUCUCAGCACCGCCUCCUCGGCAUCCUCCGCUCCUCCGUCCCCGACCACGGGGGCAAUGAUGGAGUCUCCCACGGCCACGGCAGGGGCCACCCCUAAGGUGACGCCUUCCCUAUACCCGACCGGCCCAUGGCCAGGAGCCACCACCACAGCCACGGUGACAAACCUGCUCCCAAGCUCUCCGGCCACAGGCACGGCCACCACACAUAAGGUCACUUCCACUGAGGUUCCCGGCACCCCGGGAAGGACUGGGCCCAGCCCCGGGACUCCUGGGCCCGGCUCUACAUUGAGCACGACCUCCACAUCUCUGGCCACGACCACCACCACCGCAUCCGUCACCGAGGCCCCGAUGUCCACGGCCUGUCAGCCCGCCUGUCGCUGGACGGAAUGGUUCGACGUGGACCGCCCCGAGCCCGGGGCGGGCGGAGGCGACGUGGAGACGUACCAGUCGAUCCAGGAGGCCGGACGGAGCUUCUGUGGACAGCCCCGGGACAUUCAGUGCCGGGCGGAGCAAUACCCGAACGUGACAGUGGAUCGGGUCGGACAGACGGUCUACUGCGAUGUGGCCUUCGGGCUGGUGUGCAGGAACAGUGAUCAGAAGGGGACGUCCAAGCUGUGCUUCAACUACCAGGUGCGCGUGCUCUGCUGUGACGACCUCAGCCACUGCGCGCCCACCGCCACCACGGGUCCGAGCCCCACGGCCACCUCCCGGAUGCCCACGAUUGGCACCCCAUUACAGCCAACGACUAUCCUGCCAUGGUCGUCCCUCCCUUCUGAAAGCACCACAGCCACCAGUGAGACCACCCCGGGACCAAACGGGACCACCACACGAUUGACGGCUGUCCCACCCCAGACUCCUUCCACUUCACAGAUGACAGGCAGGCCGGUGAUCACCACUCCUCAGGGAUGGACCCGGCCGGGGACCCCCUCCAAAACAGCCAGAACCACCGCCUCAACCACAGCCCUGCCGACAACUACAUCCACCCCUCCGGGCUCGGUCACCGUCAAAGGCCACACGAGCCCCACGCCCACCUCCUGCCGGCCCGUAUGUCACUGGACGGAAUGGCUGAACACGGACUACCCCCAGUCCGGGCCGAACGGCGCCGACAUCGAGACGCUCGACAACAUGCGGGCCUCCGGCCGGCAGAUCUGCGAGGAGCCCGUGGCCGUCGAGUGCCGGGCGGAGAACUACCCCGACCUGCCCAUCCGGGACGUGGGGCAGAACGUGCUGUGCGACGUGAACGUGGGUCUGGUCUGCAGGAACCGCGAGCAGACGGGCCCCUUCAAACUCUGCUUCAACUACCACGUCCGAUUCCAGUGCUGCGACGACUACAGCCACUGCCCGACAUGGACGCCGUCCGUCCCGGCCUCCAAAACCACCGGUCUCCAUACCCCGUCCUUGGCGCCCUCCGUUCCUCCGUCCUCGACCACGGCGGCGACGACCGAGUCUCCCAAGGCCCCGGUGGGGACCACCUCUAAGGCGACCCCGACCGGCCCAUUGCGGGGCACCACCACCGCUGCCACGGUGACCAGCCUACUUCCAUACUCUCCGGCCACAGGUACGUCCCCCAAGGCUACGACGCUCCACGUCACUUCCACAGAGGGGCCCGGUAGCCCGGGAAGGACCAGAACCAGCCCCGGGACUCCUGGGACCGGCUCCACGUUCGGCACGACCUCCACGGCUCCAGCCACAGUGACCACCACCAGCACGUCCGUCACCGAGGCUCUGUCACCCACAUCCUGUCAGCCAGCCUGUCGGUGGACGGAAUGGUUCGACGUGAGCCGCCCCGGGGCCGGAACGCGUGGGGGUGACGUGGAGACCUACUGGUCGAUCCGGGCGGCGGGACGAAGCUUCUGCGGGCAGCCCGAGGAUGUCCAGUGCCGGGCGGAGCAAUUCCCGGACACGCCGGUGCACCAGGUCGGACAGACCGUCUACUGCGACGUGGCCUUCGGGUUGGUGUGCAGGAACAGGGAGCAGACGGGGAAGUCCAAGCUGUGCUACAACUACCAGGUGCGCGUGCUCUGCUGUGACGACCUCAGCCACUGCCUGACCACCACCAUCGUGAGCCCCACGGCCACCCCGCGGACCCCCGCCACCGGUGCCACAUUGAUGCCAACCACGGCAGUCCCGCCACAUUCACCCAUCCCAUCCGAGGCGACCACGGCCACCAGCAAAAUCUCCCAGGGGCCUGCAAGUAGGGCCCCCACCUCGACCACAGCCCCGCCGACAACUACAUCCACCCCUCCGGCCUCGGCCCCCGCGAGCGCCCACACGAGCCCCACGCCCACCUCCUGCCGGCCCGCGUGUCACUGGACGGAAUGGCUGGACACGGACUACCCCCAGUCCGGGCCGAACGGCGCCGACAUCGAGACGCUCGACAACAUGCGGGCCUCCGGCCGGCAGAUCUGCGAGGAGCCCGUGGCCGUCGAGUGCCGGGCGGAGAACUACCCCGACCUGCCCAUCCGGGACGUGGGGCAGAACGUGCUGUGCGACGUGAACGUGGGUCUGGUCUGCAGGAACCGCGAGCAGACGGGCCCCUUCAAACUCUGCUUCAACUACCACGUGCGAUUCCAGUGCUGCGACGACUUCAGCCACUGCCCGACCUGGACGCCGUCCAUCCCGGCCUCCACGGCCACCGGUCUCCGUACCUCGUCCUCGGCGCCCUCCGUUCCUCCGUCCCCGACCACGGCGGCGACGACCGAGUCUGCCAAGGCCCCGGUGGGGACCACCCCUAAGGUGACCCCGACCGGCCCCUGGCCGGGGACCACCACCGCUGCCAUGGCGACCGGCCUGCUUCCACACUCUCCGGCCACAGGCACGUCCUCCACAGCCACCACACAUCGCGUCAGUUCCACUGAGGUGUCCGCCACACCGGGGAGGACCGGAACCAGCCCCGCGACUCCCGGGACAGGCUACUCUUCCGGCACGACCACCACAGCUCCGGCCACGAUCACCACCACGAGCUCCAGCCCCACAGCUACCGUGCGGACGCCCGCAUCCGGAGCUCCAUCGCCGCCAACGACGACUGCCAUCCUGCCGGGGUCGUCCCUCCCGUCCGAAACCACCACCACCACCAGCGAGACCACUGUGGGCCCGGUCAGGACCACGACACGGUUGACCACUGUCCCACCCCGGACUCCUCCCGCUUCACAGACGACGGGAGGGCCGGCGACCACCACUCCCCAGGGGUGGACCCGGCCCGAGACCCCCUCCGUACCGGCCCGGGCCACAGCCACGACCUCAACCCUCACGACGAUUACAUCCACCCCACCGGCCUCGGCCACCGUGAGCAUCCACAUGAGCCCCACGCCCACCUCCUGCCUGCCCGCGUGUCACUGGACGGAAUGGUUGGACACGGACUACCCCCAGUCCGGGCCGAACGGCGCCGACAUCGAGACGCUCGACAACAUGCGGGCCUCCGGCCGGCAGAUCUGCGAGGAGCCCGUGGCCGUCGAGUGCCGGGCGGAGAACUACCCCGACCUGCCCAUCCGGGACGUGGGACAGAACGUGCUGUGCGACGUGAACGUGGGUCUGGUCUGCAGGAACCGCGAGCAGACGGGCCCCUUCAAACUCUGCUUCAACUACCACGUCCGAUUCCAGUGCUGCGACGACUACAGCCACUGUCCGACCUGGACGCCGUCCGUCCCGGCCUCCAAAACCACCGGUCUCCACACCCCGUCCUUGGCGCCCUCCGUUCCUCCAUCUUCGACCACGGCGGCGACGACCGAGUCUCCCAAGGCCCCGGUGGGGACCACCUCUAAGGCGACCCCGACCGGCCCAUUGCGGGGGACCCCCACCGCUGCCACGGUGACCAGCCUGCUUCCAUACUCUCCGGCCACAGGUACGUCCCCCAAGGCUACGACCCUCCACAUCACUAACACUGAGGGGCUCAGUAGCCCGGGAAGGACCAGAACCAGCCCCGGGACUCCUGGGACCGGCUCCACGUUCGGCACGACCUCCACGGCUCCAGCCACAGUGACCACCACCAGCACGUCCGUCACCGAGGCUCUGACACGCACAUCCUGUCAGCCAGCCUGUCGGUGGACGGAAUGGUUCGACGUGAGCCGCCCCGGGGCCGGAACGCGUGGGGGUGACGUGGAGACCUACUGGUCGAUCCGGGCGGCGGGAAGAAGCUUCUGCGGGCAGCCCGAGGAUGUCCAGUGCCGGGCGGAGCAAUUCCCGGACACGCCGGUGCACCAGGUCGGACAGACCGUCUACUGCGACGUGGCCUUCGGGUUGGUGUGCAGGAACAGGGAGCAGACGGGGAAGUCCAAGCUGUGCUACAACUACCAGGUGCGCGUGCUCUGCUGUGACGACCUCAGCCACUGCCUGACCACCACCAUCGCGAGCCCCACGGCCACCCCGCGGACCCCCGCCACCAGUGCCACAUCACUGCCAAAGACGGCAGUCCCGCCAUUUUCACCCAUCUCAUCCGAGGCGACCACGGCCACCAGCAAAAUCUCCCAGGGGCCUGCAAGCAGGGCCACCACCUCGACCACAGCCCCGCCGACAACUACAUCCACCCCUCUGGCCUCGGCCCCCUUGAAAGAGCACACGAGCCCCACGCCCACCUCCUGCCUGCCCGCGUGUCACUGGACGGAAUGGCUGGACACGGACUACCCCCAGUCCGGGCCGAACGGCGCCGACAUCGAGACGCUCGACAACAUGCGGGCCUCCGGCCGGCAGAUCUGCGAGGAGCCCGUGGCCGUCGAGUGCCGGGCGGAGAACUACCCCGACCUGCCCAUCCGGGACGUGGGACAGAACGUGCUGUGCGACGUGAACGUGGGUCUGGUCUGCAGGAACCGCGAGCAGACGGGCCCCUUCAAACUCUGCUUCAACUACCACGUCCGAUUCCAGUGCUGCGACGACUACAGCCACUGUCCGACCUGGACGCCGUCCGUCCCGGCCUCCAAAACCACCGGUCUCCAUACCCCGUCCUUGGCGCCCUCCGUUCCUCCAUCUUCGACCACGGCGGCGACGACCGAGUCUCCCAAGGCCCCGGUGGGGACCACCUCUAAGGCGACCCCGACCGGCCCAUUGCGGGGCACCACCACCGCUGCCACGGUGACCAGCCUGCUUCCAUACUCUCCGGCCACAGGUACGUCCCCCAAGGCUACGACGCUCCACGUCACUUCCACAGAGGGGCCCGGUAGCCCGGGAAGGACCAGAACCAGCCCCGGGACUCCUGGGACAGGCUCCACGUUCGGCACGACCUCCACGGCUCCAGCCACAGUGACCACCACCAGCACGUCCGUCACCGAGGCUCUGACACCCACAUCCUGUCAGCCAGCCUGUCGGUGGACGGAAUGGUUCGACGUGAGCCGCCCCGGGGCCGGAACGCGUGGGGGUGACGUGGAGACCUACUGGUCGAUCCGGGCGGCGGGACGAAGCUUCUGCGGGCAGCCCGAGGAUGUCCAGUGCCGGGCGGAGCAAUUCCCGGACACGCCGGUGCACCAGGUCGGACAGACCGUCUACUGCGACGUGGCCUUCGGGUUGGUGUGCAGGAACAGGGAGCAGACGGGGAAGUCCAAGCUGUGCUACAACUACCAGGUGCGCGUGCUCUGCUGUGAUGACCUCAGCCACUGCCUGACCACCACCAUCGUGAGCCCCAAGGCCACCCCGCGGACCCCCACCACCGGUGCCACAUCGAUGCCAACGACGGCAGUCACGCCACAUUCACCCAUCCCAUCCGAGGCGACCACGGCCACCAGCAACAUCUCCCAGGGGCCAAGCAGGGCCACCACCUCGACCACAGUCCCGCCGACAACCACAUCCACCCCUCCGGCCUCGGCCCCCGCGAGCGCCCACACGAGCCCCACGCCCACCUCCUGCCGGCCCGCGUGUCACUGGACGGAAUGGCUGGACACGGACUACCCCCAGUCCGGGCCGAACGGCGCCGACAUCGAGACGCUCGACAACAUGCGGGCCUCCGGCCGGCAGAUCUGCGAGGAGCCCGUGGCCGUCGAGUGCCGGGCGGAGAACUACCCCGACCUGCCCAUCCGGGGUGGGCAGAACGUGCUGUGCGACGUGAACGUGGGUCUGGUCUGCAGGAACCGCGAGCAGACGGGCCCCUUCAAACUCUGCUUCAACUACCACGUGCGAUUCCAGUGCUGCGACGACUUCAGCCACUGCCCGACCUGGACGCCGUCCAUCCCGGCCUCCACGGCCACCGGUCUCCGUACCUCGUCCUCGGCGCCCUCCGUUCCUCCGUCCCCGACCACGGCGGCGACGACCGAGUCUGCCAAGGCCCCGGUGGGGACCACCCCUAAGGUGACCCCGACCGGCCCCUGGCCGGGGACCACCACCGCUGCCAUGGCGACCGGCCUGCUUCCACACUCUCCGGCCACAGGCACGUCCUCCACAGCCACCACACAUCGCGUCAGUUCCACUGAGGUGUCCGCCACACCGGGGAGGACCGGAACCAGCCCCGCGACUCCCGGGACAGGCUACUCUUCCGGCACGACCACCACAGCUCCGGCCACGAUCACCACCACGAGCUCCAGCCCCACAGCUACCGUGCGGACGCCCGCAUCCGGAGCUCCAUCGCCGCCAACGACGACUGCCAUCCUGCCGGGGUCGUCCCUCCCGUCCGAAACCACCACCGCCACCAGCGAGACCACUGCGGGCCCGGUCAGGACCACGACACGGUUGACCACUGUCCCUCCCCGGACUCCUCCCGCUUCACAGACGACGGGAGGGCCGGCGACCACCACUCCCCAGGGGUGGACCCGGCCCGAGACCCCCUCCGUACCGGCUCGGGCCACCGCCACGACCUCAACCCUCCCGACGAUUACAUCCACCCCACCGGCCUCGGCCCCCGCGAGCGUCCACACGAGCCCCACGCCCACCUCCUGCCUGCCCGCGUGUCACUGGACGGAAUGGCUGGACACGGACUACCCCCAGUCCGGGCCGAACGGCGCCGACAUCGAGACGCUCGACAACAUGCGGGCCUCCGGCCGGCAGAUCUGCGAGGAGCCCGUGGCCGUCGAGUGCCGGGCGGAGAACUACCCCGACCUGCCCAUCCGGGACGUGGGACAGAACGUGCUGUGCGACGUGAACGUGGGUCUGGUCUGCAGGAACCGCGAGCAGACGGGCCCCUUCAAACUCUGCUUCAACUACCACGUGCGAUUCCAGUGCUGCGACGACUACAGCCACUGCCCGACAUGGACGCCGUCCGUCCCGGCCUCCAAAACCACCGGUCUCCACACCCCGUCCUUGGCGCCCUCCGUUCCUCCAUCUUCGACCACGGCGGCGACGACCGAGUCUCCCAAGGCCCCGGUGGGGACCACCUCUAAGGCGACCCCGACCGGCCCAUUGCGGGGCACCACCACCGCUGCCACGGUGACCAGCCUGCUUCCAUACUCUCCGGCCACAGGUACGUCCCCCAAGGCUACGACGCUCCACGUCACUUCCACAGAGGGGCCCGGUAGCCCGGGAAGGACCAGAACCAGCCCCGGGACUCCUGGGACCGGCUCCACGUUCGGCACGACCUCCACGGCUCCAGCCACAGUGACCACCACCAGCACGUCCGUCACCGAGGCUCUGUCACCCACAUCCUGUCAGCCAGCCUGUCGGUGGACGGAAUGGUUCGACGUGAGCCGCCCCGGGACCGGAACGCGUGGGGGUGACGUGGAGACCUACUGGUCGAUCCGGGCGGCGGGACGAAGCUUCUGCGGGCAGCCCGAGGAUGUCCAGUGCCGGGCGGAGCAAUUCCCGGACACGCCGGUGCACCAGGUCGGACAGACCGUCUACUGCGACGUGGCCUUCGGGUUGGUGUGCAGGAACAGGGAGCAGACGGGGAAGUCCAAGCUGUGCUACAACUACCAGGUGCGCGUGCUCUGCUGUGACGACCUCAGCCACUGCCUGACCACCACCAUCGCGAGCCUCACGGCCACCCCGCGGACCCCCGCCACCGGUGCCUCAUCACUGCCAACGACGGCAGUCCCGCCACAUUCACCCAUCCCAUCCGAGGCGACCACGGCCACCAGCAAAAUCUCCCAGGGGCCUGCAAGCAGGGCCACCACCUCGACCACAGCCCCGCCGACAACCACAUCCACCCCUCCGGCCUCGGCCCCCGCGAGCGCCCACACGAGCCCCACGCCCACCUCCUGCCGGCCCGCGUGUCACUGGACGGAAUGGCUGGACACGGACUACCCCAGUCCGGGGCCGAACGGCGCCGACAUCGAGACGCUCGACAACAUGCGGGCCUCCGGCCGGCAGAUCUGCGAGGAGCCCGUGGCCGUCGAGUGCCGGGCGGAGAACUACCCCGACCUGCCCAUCCGGGACGUGGGACAGAACGUGCUGUGCGACGUGAACGUGGGUCUGGUCUGCAGGAACCGCGAGCAGACGGGCCCCUUCAAACUCUGCUUCAACUACCACGUGCGAUUCCAGUGCUGCGACGACUACAGCCACUGCCCGACCUGGACGCCGUCCGUCCCGGCCUCCACGGCCGCCGGUCUCCGUACCCCGUCCUCGGCGCCCUCCGUUCCUCCGUCCCCGACCACGUCGGCGACGACCGGGUCUGCCAAGGCCCCGGUGGGGACCACCCCUAAGGCGACCCCGACGGCUCCCCGGACGGAGACCGCUGCCACCGUUUCCGUUACCCACGGUCCCCCGAGCUCUCCGGUGGCACCCCGUUCCUCCCCGGCCCCCUCACCGUCCACCGCGUGCCGUCCUCGCUGCCGCUGGUCCCCGUGGUUCGACGAAGACCGCCCCGAGUCCGGCCCCGAUGGCGGCGACGUCGAGACCUACCGCCGCCUCCGGACCGCCGGCCACCACCUCUGCAAGAAGCCGCGGGCCAUCGAGUGCCGCGGGGAGGACUUCCCCGGGCUGACCGUCCACGAGCUGGGCCAGAACGUCACCUGCGACCUGGCCUACGGCCUGGUCUGCCGGAACCAGGACCAGCCGGGCCCCUUCGCCGUGUGCUUCAACUACCAAAUGCGUAUCCUGUGCUGCGAGGACACCAGCCAUUGUGCCGGGUCCACCUCCCCCACCCCGACCACGUCCACCUCCAUCGAGAGCCCCGCCAUCGUCACCACGUCCCUGGCCACGUCCUCCGGCCGGCCCGCGACCGUCCUCCCCACGCGGACUCCGACCUCCGGUUUCACCCCUCCGUCCUCUCCUCUCACAACUCCCUGCUUCUGCCGGGUGUUCGGCCACCUCUUCUCCCCCGGGGACGUGGUGUACAACCAGACGGACAAGGCCGGGUGCGUCUACUAUGCCAUCUGCAGCCCCCUCUGUGACAUCGACCGGUUCCAGGGGCCGUGCCCGUCUCCCACCCCCUCGCUCUCUCCCGCCGUCCCUCCUUCCCCCACAACCCCGCCUGCCCGGACCACAGCCCCGCCGCCCUCUUGCUCCAACGCCAACCCUCCGCGACAGAUCAAUGAGACCUGGACCCUGGACAACUGCACGGUGGCCGUCUGCGAAGGAGACAACCGGAUCGUCCUGCUGGACCCGGUGCCCGUCGACAAGAUUUCGUGCGAAAACGGGAUGGAACCCAUCAAGGUCUACCACGAGGACAGAUGCUCCUUCCACUACGAGUGUGAAUGUAUCUGCAGCGGCUGGGGCAACUCUCACUACCUGACCUUCGACGGCAUCUACUACACGUUCUACGACAACUGCACCUACGUGCUGGUGCGGGAGAUCUCCCCGCGGGCGGGCAACCUGAGCGUGGCCAUCGACAACCACUUCUGCGAGGUGGGCCGCGACCGGGCCUGCCCCCGGGCCCUCAUCAUCAACUACCGCGAGGCCGAGAUCCUGCUCACCAGCGAGAUCGUCGCCGGAAAGAUCGCCAACGAGGUCCUGUUCGAUAAAAUCGAAGUGAGCCACGGCUUCAGCCAGGACGGCGUCAUCGUUUCGGGGAGCGGUCGGACGAUGGUGGUGGAGAUCCCCGAGAUCCAGGCCUCCUUCUCCUUCAACGGGCUGGUCUUCCAGAUCAAACUGCCCUACGGCCUCUUCGGCAACAACACGGAGGGCCAGUGCGGCACCUGCACCAACGACCAGAAGGACGAGUGUCGCCUCCCGGGAGGCAAGAUCUCGACCACCUGCUCCAACAUGGCGCCCGCCUGGCUCAUCCCGGACAGGAACAAGGAACGCUGCCAGGUGCCACCCACCCCCGCCCCCGGGAUCGAGCCGACGCCAACGCCGCCCGAGCCCUGCGAGCCGGCGCCCGUGUGCCGGCUUAUCCUCAGCGAGGUGUUUGCCGAGUGCCACCACCUGGUGCCCCCGAAAGCCUUCUACGACACGUGCGUCGCCGACUCCUGCCACGCGGCCGACACCCUUCCCUGCCAGAGCGUCGAGCUUUACGCCUCCCUCUGCCGGGGCAAAGGUGUCUGCACCCAGUGGAGGAGCCUCACCGGUGGCCAGUGUGAGAUGGCGUGCCCACCGGGCAAGGUGUACAAGCCCUGCGGACCGGCCAGACCCCCGUCCUGCGACAACAGGCAUGACUCCAACCCCCAGGCCCACCUCAUGGAAGGCUGCUUCUGUCCGGAGGGUCAGCUCCUCUUCAACUCCCAAGUGGACAUCUGCCUGCCCAGAUGCCCCUGCGUGGGGCCGGACGGCCUGCCAAGAUACCCCGGGGCGCGUUGGGAGACCGACUGCCAGCAGUGCCAGUGCGACGCCGGCUCGGUGACCGUCCAGUGCCGACCCAUCCGGUGCGGGACCCCGGAGCUCCCCGCCGCCUGCCGCAAGCCGGGCUUCGUCCCCGUCCGCGUCGUCCGGCCCGAGGACAAGUGCUGCCCGGACCACAAGUGCUUCUGCAACACCUCGCUCUGCUCCUCGAAGCCCCCCAGAUGUGGGCUGGGGGAAGAGCCCCAAACGGUCCUCCUCCAGGGAGACUGCUGCCCCUCCUUUGAAUGCAAGCGUCGGCAGUGCGAGCACAACGGGACGCUGUACGGGGUCGGGGCGAAGGUCACGUCCGUCGUCCCCUGCCAUCGCUGCACCUGCCGGGAGGAGCCGGACCCCCGGACCCACGACUUCUGGUGGUGUGAACCCGAGACGUGCCACGCUGCCUGCCCCCAGGGCUUCGCCUACAGAGUCAAGGCCGGCAGCUGCUGCGGGCGGUGCGUGCAGACGGCCUGCCGGACCAAAGACGGCGGGUGGAUCCAGCCCAACCAGACCUGGGUGGACACCAAGGUGGACAACUGCACCGAGUACCUGUGUGAGCGGGUGGACGACGCGUUCCUCCUGAGCCCGGGGAGGACGGGGUGCCCCGACGUCACGCGCUGCCAGGGAAGACUGCAGAAGGUUGGCUGCUGCUACGAAUGUAGGAACGACACCGAGCUCUGCCAGGUGCGGGUCAAGGAGACGGUGCUCACCCACGACGGCUGCCGGACCGAGGCGCCCGUCAACGUGACCUUCUGCGAGGGGACGUGUCACACCAGCUCCAUCUACUCGGCGGAGGCGAGCGCCAUGGAGCGGCGGUGCGGCUGCUGCCAGGAGGAGGCCACCCGCCCGCGCGACGUGGCCCUGCUGUGCCCCGGCGGCGCCCGCGUCCUCUUCUCCUACACCCACGUGGAGCGGUGCGGGUGCCGGUCCGCCUGCCCGCCGCCCUCCGCCGCCACGCCCCGGGACGGGGGCGACGCCUCGCUGCCCCGUGGUCCCCCCACCUCCACCGGACCCCCUCCCGGUCCCACGCGGGUGCGGGAGCGGGAGGGCCGCGGCCAGCGGGAUCGCGUCGGGUCGCGGCCUCCGGGGCUCGGCAGCCGGGGGACGCUGACUGGAGACGCCGACCGGGGAAGCGGCGUGGGGCGAGGAAAGGCCCCCGGGGGUCUCCCCCGUCGCCGCCACCCAGAAGAGACCCGCCGCGUGAAACCCCACCUGACGAACGUCACCGCGCUCUUGCCUCUCAAGUCCUAA